AUGAACCUAUCCAGCAAUGAUGCGGUGGCCUCUCAAGCCACUCUGACCCCGGACUUAACGGCUUCCUCUGGAAAGAUAACGCUCGACACCUCCCAUACGCAGCAGCAUCCCCCGAGUUCGGUACGACCUAAGGAGCUCAUCGAUCGCACCCUCGACUUUCUCGCCACUGCCAGCAACGAGACUCUCGUCGGUGUUUUUGUCCUCCUGGCAUUUGUGACGUACAUCAUCUUGGGUAGAGUUGGGCUGGUGCUGAUUGGAAUUGGAUUGGGUGUGAUUCUGCAUGCCUCCUGGGAAGGCUCAACCCAAGCAGGAUCCAGUGGAGAAUCACAAAUGCCCAAAAAGCGGAGGGAAUUGGCUCUGGAAGUCACUUCGAGACUGUUGGACUGGCCUGAACGCGCCACCUUUGCGCAGGUUGCCAGUCAGGACGAUAGCGCUAUUGUUGCUGCGCCGGAAGAUCUGUCGAUAGCCGACCUUGAAUAUACAGCUUUCCAGCCAGCGACCGGGGCCGCCCUGCGAUCGCUCACCGAUGCGGUCGUCAGGGACUAUGUGAAGUAUUGGUAUGAGCCAAUCCUACCUAGCGAAUCCGCAUUUCCUGGUUCCUGCCGGAGAACCCUGACCUAUUUUAUCACGACCGUCUCGUCCCAUCUUGCGCGAAAACGAACGGAGGAUACAUUUCUACAAUUCUUGACGAAUUCUUCGUCUAUUAUUAUUGUGUUCUUGAACGAACUAGCUGCUGCAUUUGCCGCUGCUGAUCCUCGUUCCACGGAGGCGAAGAAGAUUGUCGAGCAGUACCUCGAAAACUCGCCGGACAGCAGUCUUGCAAAUGUUUUAUCUGAGGAACAACAGCGCAAGAAGCUCAACAUGAUCGCGGAUGACAUCCUCUCGAAUUUUCUAGACCCACAAGCAUAUAGCUGCUCCCCGGUUCGGGAUUUCCUCCGAGAGAUCUUUGCAGGCGUUGUGCUAGAAUCGACGGUCAAGAGCCUCUCCCGACCCGAAUUCAUUAAUGACUGGAUUAUCUAUCUUCUCCGGGACGGGGAAUCGGAGAUUAUGCACGCAAUCGACGCUGGCGUCGAGGGAGCACGCAAUCAGAGUGCCCACUCUUCAAAGGUGUCGGAGGAUUCCAAGAACGCACUUUUAGAAUCGACCAAUAUAGAGGCCGCGUCACGGGUCGCUGGCCUUCCCCCAAGCAACCAAGACAAAGCAACAGAACAAGCGACAUUGGAGGCAAAGCGCCUGAGUGCCAUGAUUGCAUCCCAAGAUAUACAGGGCACAAUUCCCGGGCUACCCGCUGACGGUAUUCAGCCUCAGGAACGAGUUAUAUCUACAGAGAGGACCAAUGGCUCGUUAGAGCGUCUGUCAACCGAUACUCAAGAUUCAGCUGCAGCCCAGGAGAAUCUAGCAUCGCCACACGCGUCCUUAGGCGCGCAGGCGACGCCCUCGGCUCCCUUUUCAGCUCGAGAAGAUGCUACGGCGCCACCUGUCACUCUCCAUGGCGCCAGGGUCUUGGUGGAUGACGAUGCUGCACGGAGCGAGAAAGGGCUCAUCAAAUCGCGGCCUACGUGGGACUAUCUGCUUCAGAUCGAACCAGCGUCAAGCCGCGCGACAGGGUGGAUGGUGUUUCGAAAAUAUUCGGACUUCCAAUCUCUCCACGAAAUGCUUGCAACGGUUUCCCGCCUGAACCGAAUCCAAACCUUCUCUGAUCUAUUUCCUACGCUGCCCCAAUGGAAGGGAAAAACACGACCAGCUCUUGCUCAAGAUUUGGAGCGGUAUCUGCAGGAGGCGAUGAAGCACGAGCCACUUGCUGAAACUGAACGAAUGCGACGAUUCGUGGAAAAAGAAGGAGGCUCCGGCGAGGGGAGCUCUACCAAACAAGGUUUUUCCUUCCCGAGCCAGAGUGCAUUUGAGAACAUGGGCAAAGACCUGCUGGGAGCACUGACAAACGCCCCCAAGGGUAUGGCCGGAGGUGGCAGGACGGUCUUUGACGGGGUCACUGGAGUGUUCGGAGGCGUCGCUGGGCACAACAGGAAGCCAUCGAACACAUCAGACCGACAAUUCCAACCCCGAAAGAACCCACUGAACACUGGCCAGGAUACACCAGCUAGUUCUGGCUCUGCCAAUGCUCUACCUCGUGAUACUUCUUCGCCAGUGGGCUUCAAGAUGAGUGACUGGUCUGGUUCUCCAAGACCAAGUGAAGAGCAAGAUUCCCCUGCACCGGUCUCGUCGCCAACUUCCACUUCAGUGGGACUGGGGAUAUCGAAGGAAGGUGGGCCCAAAUUUCCUGCAAUCAGCGAUACUGGUAGCAGCGUCAAUGUGGCAGCUAGCGAACAGGAUGCGUGUGCCCUGGACUCGCCCCCUGCACCGUCUGGAAACCGAAACUCUCUAGGAUCAACCAGCCAUAUGGAGGAGCUAGAAACAAAACAAGAUACUGAAGCAGCGUUACCCAGUCCCCAAAAUGAGACUGAGCCCUCUGAUGACUCCGGUAUCGUACCCCAAGGCACUCGCCGACAACGGGCGCCCAUCACCGCAGAUGAGACUCAGAUCGCGGUGGAGCUCAUAUUCGCCGUGAUCAACGAGCUCUACACGCUGUCAUCUGCAUGGAACAUUCGCCGGACUCUGUUGAACGCGGCUAAAACAUAUAUUCUGCGUCCUGGAAGCCCGACUCUGGAGACGAUUCGGGGUUUGUUACAAGAGUCCAUGAUCGAGAAUCAUACGUCAGAUGAGGCGCUCGGGGAAUAUUUGAAGAAACUCCGAGAGAACGCUCUCCCUACGGAGACCGAGUUGAAGGCCUGGCCUGCUGCUCCCAGCGAGCAGGAGAAGGCGCACUUGCGGGAUACCGCGCGUCGGCUGUUUGUUCAGAGAGGUAUUCCCCAGGCGCUCACGAGCGUCAUGGGUGCAGCAGCUAGCCGGGAAGCUCUCGAGAAGAUCUUCGAUAGCUUGCAAGUGGAAACGGUCGCCCGAGGAUUUGUCUUCUCGGUGAUGCUGCAGGGGUUACGGGUGUUGACGCUGUGA